AUGCAUAAUGUGCCAGUAUACGGAUAUCCCUCGCCCCCGGCUUCGCCAUCAUACGAUGACCAGAACUGUGCCUUCCAACAGCCCUUUGCAGUACCGGCCGUCUGCCAGCCUCGUUAUAUGCCAGUCGCCCCGGAAAGCAGAAUAGGGAAGUUUCUUGGCGACAGCCUCCGCCUGGUUGGGAUCCUAGGUACCGGAGCCUAUGGCGUGGUUUAUUCAGCGAUAGAUGUCAAGACCGGAAUUCAGUAUGCCGUCAAGACCCUGAGCAAAUUUAACGUGGAUGGAACGCCAUUGGACCGUCGACAGAUUGCUUUCCAGCAACGGGAGUUACGGCUUCAUUACCUCGCGUCGGCACACCCCAAUGUUGUUUCCAUGUUGAAGAUUGUGGACGACCCGGACUGCACGUAUGUUGUGCUAGAGUUCUGCCCGGAAGGGGAUCUGUUCUACAACAUCACCGAGUGCGGCCAGUAUGUCGGUAAGGAUGACCUGGCCAAGAGCGUCUUCCUUCAAAUUCUGGAUGCCGUGGAGCACUGCCAUACGUUGGGAGUUUACCACAGAGACCUCAAGCCGGAAAACAUCCUCGUUUCGAACCGGGGAGAAACCGUCAAGCUUGCCGACUUUGGACUGGCUACUUCAUCUGACCGCUCCGAGGAUUAUGGAUGUGGCUCCACUUUCUACAUGUCGCCAGAGUGCUUAGAUCCAUCAUCUCGGAGGCCGUUUUACUAUUGCGCCCCCAACGACGUAUGGAGUCUGGGUGUCAUUCUGGUCAACCUGACCUGUGGCCGCAACCCAUGGAAGCAGGCAUCGUUUGAUGAUUCCACCUAUCGUGCCUUCACCCGGAGUCCUGAUUUCCUUAAAACCAUUCUUCCAUUGUCGGAUGAACUGAACGACAUCUUGGCAAGGAUUUUCGCUCGCAACCCAGAACAAAGAAUUACGUUAUCGGAGCUUCGAAACAGCAUCCUCGCAUGCGCGCGAUUCACUAUUCCAGUGAUGAACGCAGCUCAAUCACUUCCAUCGCCCCCUGCAUCACCGGAACCCAUUGAUUACGUUUAUCAAGAUGCAGCUUCGGGCGACUUUACUUAUGACGCACCACUUUCACCUGCCGCCUCGGACUCGGAUGGAGAGUCCACAUGCUCGUCUGACGAUGGAUCCUUGACCUCAAGCGCCUCUACAAUCGAGGACUUGGAUGACGACGACUUUAUCCAGGAUGAGGAGAUGCCAGUACAAGAGAUGUUGGAGCCGAUGUUAUUUGACCCAGAGGAAUCCAAGGUGUUUGCCCAGGACUAUGCCCAACAAUACCAAGGGUCUGUGGUCGAACCGUGUCAGCCAUGUCAGGUUCCCAUCUCGGUUCCCGUACAGCCUAGCUACGUUUCGAAACUCCCACAGCUUCCGUACAUCUGGGACAUGUUCAACAAGUACACGCAACCAGCACCGCUGCACCACCCUCUGGCUUUCCAUCAUCAGGCACCAAUCUUUGCCAACAUGCAAGGCUGCUACUAA